CUUUGUUACUGAGUCAUUGGUGGAGCUGGCUCUCAUUUAUGACUUCCUCCUCGUAUUCUGCUGAUGCCAUGGUAAGGAAUUGACCCUUGUCCACAGCAUGAGGUACUUUUCUUUUGAUGGUUUCUGGCCAGUUGGCAGUAUCUGGUCCAUAAAAGUGGCCCUUACCCCUACUCUGUACUUCUCUAGCCAUUCCUUUCCUGGUUCUCUUGUUUCCUAGAUGUAGAUUUCCCAGGUGCUGUCUUUGGCCUUGUUUUCUUUUCAUCUUCUUCAUCUCAUAAAACAAUUGCAAAGAUUACUGACAGAUUUUACUUCUUGGUUAACAUCUCUCUGAGAUUCCAGUUGCUUCUUGCACAUCCCAUAAACCUGAGAGUGAGGCUUAGACAACUCCAGUACCUUGUUUAUCAACUGAUAAACAGAGCUCUUUCCCCUUCCUCCACUGAAGUUGUGAGUUGCUUCUGUAUUUGCAAGUUUUGAAGACUGUCACUACCAUUUCUGUCAUCUGGGCUCUGAACCUGGCCAAACCAUGCCAAUCGCACUUCCAUAACAUCUCUUGAAUCUCUUGGUGACCCACACCCUCAUUACCACUGCUACAGUUAAUUCAGGAAUUAAUUUUCUCUGACCUACUCACCACUGCCCCACCUCACCCCACCCUCCAGUAUCUUGUGAAAACAGGCAUUCAGAGAGAGCCCAGGGUGCUUGUUUUUCCUAGCUUCAUAAUGCUAACCACCUGUUGCACAUUGCAGAGCCCUCAAUAUUCCCACCAACCCUGCCCCACUUUUCCAGGAUCUGGUAGUGCCUUUUCUUGUAAAUUCUCUGAUUAAAAAACUUAAAGCACUAGAUGAAGAUCUUUUGUAAAUUUCUUUCAAAAUUGGUCCUAGUUUAAAGAGACCACUGGCUUUCCAACUUUUAUCUGCUGCUUAUAAAAAGUGUAGUGUUGUUGACUGGGGAAGUUAGGCUCUUCUGGUGCAGCCCCAGAAAGAUCCAAGGAAUCAGUUAGAAUCAUUGUGACCUAAACCAGUGUAACUUCACUGCUAUCAGAUUAUUUCUAAGGCUGCAGCUUUGGUCAAGCUACUCCCUAUACCCCAAAGCUGUUGGGAUCCCCACUGCUUUCAGAAGGUUUAAAUCAGUUCCAGACAGCCUGGUAUUCCGGAUAUAUUACAAAUUGGCUUAGAACUACAUUUCCAACCUUAUAUAAUCUGUCAUUUUACACCCUGCUCCCUGUACACCAAAUGGGUAUGUCUAAGGCCCCUUGGUCUGGAAUGCCCUACUCAUUCCCUCUCCCGUGUGCUUCAUUCUCUGCAUCAUAAAUUCUCCCCUGCUUCAUAGAUCUAGUGCCCUCUCUGCCGUAAGCCUUCUUGGACUUGCCCAGGUGAAAAUAAUACAUUUAUCGUCUAUAACACCUAAAAAUUUUGUAUCCUGGAUUAGAGUUGUUUAUAUACGUUGCUCCCACUAGCUGGAUGUUCUCACAGAGCAGGAAUCACAGGUGCAUUUUAUGUCCCUACAACAUCUAGCACAUAGUAAGCACUUACUAUUUUUUUGAUGAAUAAAUUGUCAUUUAGCCAGUUUCCACUUGUGAUUCACCUGGUCGUUGGGCUAAAGUUGAGAGUAUUUUGAUUAAUUGGUAUAGCUCCACACUAUGAAAGUCUUGUUUGUGGAGAAACUUGUUCAUUAUUCCCCUCAGCUCACCAUGAUUCUGUUCCACUAAAUUUCUAAUUCAUUGAAGUUUCCAGAUAGGGCAUCGUAGUCAAAGUGAGCCUGUGGGCCUAUGUAUUUUUGCUUGAUACGUCUUAGAAGUUUACCAGUAUACUGAGAAGAUGAUCAGACUAGGAUUCAGAAUAUGGACCUGAAUUAGAAUUCCACAUCUCCAUCUAAGCUUAGGUGAGUCAUUAAAAAUCUCUUGGUCUUAGUUUCCUCUGUAAGGGAGAAUUUGCAUGAGAUAGUUUCAGAUGUCACAUUGGAAUGAAAAUCAAGGCCUAUAUAAAUGCUUUUGAACAGGAGGCUGCAAACUUUUUCUUUAAAGGACCAGAUAAUAUUUUAGGCUUUGCCAGGAAUACAGUAUGUGUUGCAGCUACUCAACUCUGCUGUUAGUAGCUUGAAAGCGGCCGUAAACAAUAUGUUUACUAGUGGCCUAGCUGCAUUUCAGUAUUUUAUUUACAAAAACAGGCAGCAGCCAUGAUUUGCUGACCUAUGCUUUAGAAGUUAGUUAGUGGUCAGCGUAGGCUAAUCCAAGAAACCUGAACGUGUCUUAAAUGGAAUGUGGACUCUUGGCUUUGUUUUUUUUCAUAUGACAAAAGUAACUUCAUUAUUUGAGUUUUUAUAGUACAGAUGUGAAUAGUCAAUAAGUCCACUGUCAUCCUCAGCUUCUUCCCUGGGUAACCACUGUUACCUGUCAUACUUUUUAAAACAUAUGUGGUAUAUCCACUUUGGAUAAAGGUCUAACAAUUUCCUGUACAAGUAAAUAUACACUUACCCCAUGAUCUCCAGCAGUUUACCCAAGAGAAAUGAAAACAUAUGUCCACAAAAAUACACAAAAUAUUCAUAGUAGCUCCAAACUGGAAAGAGCCCAGGUGUCCGGCAGUAGAAUGGAUAAACAAACCAGUGUCCACACAGUGGAAUACUACUCAACAGUAAAAAGGAGCAAACUACAGGUAACACAAAACAUGGGUGAAUCCCACAAUUAGGCUGAGCAGAAAAGAAGCUUUACCAAAGAGAAUAUACUAUAUAAUUUCAUUUCUUUGAAAUUCUAAAUCAAGCCAUACUUACCUAUGCUGGGGAAAAGCCCAGAAUGGUGUUUGCCUCUAGGAUGGUGGUCAUGGGGAUUGACUGGGAAGGGGCAUGAGAACUUUAUAGGGUGUUGGCAAUGUUCUGUAUCUUGAUAGCUGUUUGAAUCAUAGAGGUGAAUGUAUUUCUCAACAACCGUGUCAUGGUACCUUGGAGAUUUGUGUAUUUUGCUGAAUGCAAUUUUCCCUCAAUUUUAGUUAAUAUAAUGUUGAAGUAUUUAGGGGUUAAGUGUACUGACAUCUGCAACUUGAAAUUCUUAAAAAAAAAAAAGAUGGUGAAUAGAUAAGAGGUAAAUACAGUAGACUUUACUGUAGAAUCUAGGUGGGGUUUAUGCGUGUUCACUUACAUUUCUUUUAACUUUUCUGUGUAUUUGUAAGUAUUCCUAAUUGGAUAUUGGAGAAAAAAGAAUACAUGAAUAUAUUGUUUCUCUUCACUGCCUUCUGCCAGUUGCAGUCUUUCCCACAGAUAAUGAUUGCUUAUCAGUUUUCCUACCAGUCCUUUUUCAAAACACUUAUAUAUGUGUAUAUGUAUAUGUGUGUGUGUGUGUGUGUAUGUAUAUGAGUAUAUAUGGACUAUGUAGGAAUAAUUAAUUUUCCACUUUUACAUGAGUACUAGGAAGAAUGUAUGUUCUAGAACUUGCUUUUUUUCACUUAAUAUGUCUUGACUGUUUCCAUGUCUCUCUCUCUCCCCCCCAUUUAUUUAUCUCAUUCCUUUGAGUCAUUGCAUAAUAUGCAAUUUUUGUCUUGCAAAUUGUGCAGUGUGCAACUAUUUAUCCAGGGUAGUCACUGAGAAAUGGAAUCACCAGUUUGUAUAUGUUUAUUUUUAUAUUAAUUUAUUGUCCUCGAGUAAAGCUGUACCAGUGUAUACUCUCACCAGCAGGGAUCAAAUUACCUGUUUCCCUUCAACUUUCUGAGCAUUGGUUAUCAUCACUCUUUAAAAAUUUUUGCCAGUUUGAUGGGAUGCUGGUGUCUUGGUUGGUUUAAUUUGCAGUAUCUCUGAUAAUUGCAACUUAUGUUUGCUCAGUUUUUGUUUCUUUACAGCGACCUGCUCGUCUUUUUGCUGUCUUUUGUCUCUUAAUUCUUUUAUUUUAAAAAUUGUACUUGUUUAAAUAAAUAUUAUUACAAAUUUAACAGUCUUUUAUAGGCAGUUCCUGAUCACUUAUCUCAAAAUAUAUUGAAUAAUCCAUCAUUUUCUCACUGAUUUGAAGUGCCCGCUUUGUUACAUGGAUUUUAUAUGGAUCCUUUCUUGAUUAUUGUUAUGUUUUGUUAUUAAUCUGUACCUCUGUUCCUGUGUCAUUAUCACUCUAUAGCAUGUAAGCUCUAUGUAAGCGUUUAAAAUAAAAUAAAUUUGUGAAAUCUGUGCGACUACUGUCUGUUUAGUUUUGGUAUCUGGAGGGUGCUAGCCUUAUAAAGAUUUAGGUAACUUACGGAGCAUACAAAAAGGAUAGCUCGUGUGUAGAGAAAGAAUCUACUUGAAAAUUGGGAGAACUAAAGCCGUUUGGACAUAGUGUCUCUUUUAGGAAUAGAGCUCUUUAUUUCUUGUAACAACUUCUGAUUUGAAUAUGUUUAUUUUCUUUAAAAAUCAUACAUUUCAUCUAUUUUCGAGCUUACUAGUUGGAAAUUGGUUUUAUUGAUAAAAUUAAUGAUUUUUUUUUGCAUUUGUUUCCAUUAACUUGUGCUUGUAUCUUAAAUCUACUUUCCUUGAAUUUAUUUUACUCUUGAAUUUAAAACCUGGCUUUUUUGGUUAGUCUGGUUUUUUAGUGAAUGCGUAUAAGGCUAUGGAUUUUCCUUUGUGUUCUGCUUUGGCUACAUGAUUGUUUUGAAUUUUGAAUGUUUUGGGUUUUGUUGUCUUUUUAAUCCAAAGGUCAUUUAGCAGUCCAUUUUCUAAAUUUUUGUUAUACUUCUGUAACAUACUUUGAUUUUGAAAAAUGGCCUUGUUUUUUUUUUUUUUUUUUUAGGUUAUUUUUGUUUUGUUUUGGUUUUUUGAAAUUUAAGUCAUGGUCAGUUUCGAGACAAUGUUCCAGGUUUAUAAAGAGUAUAUUUUCUGGUGACUACAAAGUUUUACAUAUAUUAAAUAACUAUUAGUUGUGUUUUUAAAAUAUUAUCCUUUUUGUUAUUGUUUACCUGAUCUGUGGAUUUCUGGAAGAGGUACGUUAAAAUCUCUACAGAUGAUUGUGAUAAAUUUUGCUUUACAUAUCUUAAGCCACUUAGCAUCACAAAUGUUCAUGGCUUUUAUGCUGUAUCUUCUUGAUGUGUUUUGUUUACUUUUUAUUAAUAGAGAAUAUCUUUGCUUUGUUAAUACCUUUUGACUUGAAUUCUAAAUAGUUUGCUUACAGGAAUAAUGCCACUUCUACAUUUCUUUUUGUUAGCCAAGAUCUACUUUAUUUUCAACCAGUAUGUGUUAUAAUUUUAGGUUUUUAUCUAUAAAUAGCAUUUAUUUAUAGUGCUAUAAGGUUUUCUUUAACGCACUUUGAGAAUGUCUUUUAUUAGACUACUAUUAAAUUAUUCCUACCUUAAUAUUUUUGGGAUUUUAACUUGUUAUUAAAUUAAAAUCAAAUUUUAACUGUGUAAAAUACAGACUAAUGUAGUGGCAAAAGGAGAUCAUUGGCUGGCUGAAGGAUGUACAGAUUGCAAACGGGCACAAGGAACCUUUCAGAGGUGAUAGAAAUGUUCUGUAUCAUUAGUGUAGUGGUGGUUUCACAAUACAUGCAACUGUCUACUCAUUGGGAUUGUGCACUUGGAAUCAAUGAAAAUUAUUGUAUGUAAGUUAUUCCUCAGACCUGAUAAGGAAAAGAAAUUAAAAUCAACACUUACUUAGAUGUUACCAGCAAGCCUUACUGGUUUCUUUGCUCACCAUUGCUUUAUAUAUUUUUCUUGUCUUAGAUUUUUAAAGAAAACUUUAAAAAAUGAAAAAUGUACAAUUAUAUUAGCUUUUUCUAGAAUUUAGUCUGUGAACUUUGUCCUUUUUUUUUCAGGUUAGAUAAUAUAUAAGUUUUUCUUCCAAAAAGAAGGAAAUGAAGACAGUGUAGCUAAAACUUAAAGCCUCCUCAGUUUGGAAUAUACUGUUUUAUUUUUGGCUGAUGAGAUAUCUGUCAGUCAUAUUUCUCUGCUCUAGGUAAAACCCGUUUUAUCUUCUUAGAAGCUUUAAGAAAUUUUCACUUUAUUUUUAGUAUUCUGAAAUUUUACCUUUUUCUAUCUAGGUAUAGGGUAUUUUCUAAUAUUUUUCAAUCUUUUCCAAUCUAGACACAAAAUGUGUUAUUUCUUUGGGCACUCCUCCCCAUCCCCUUUUCUGGGAAUUCCUGUUAGAUUUAUUGAUAUUCUGGUUCUGUCUCCCGUGUCUCAACAAUCUCCAUACACACUCUCUGUCUUUUUGCCCAGUAUUGUAAAACACCUUGGUUUGAUCUUUUAGCUCACUGAAUUUUUCUUUGGCUUGGCUAGUUCUCUAGGUUAGGCCUUCUUCCAAAUUUUUGUUUUUUAAAUAGAUUUAUUGAGGUAUAGUUGUGACAUAUGGUAAACUGCAUGUGUUUAAAAUUAAAAUGUAUAACUUGAGUUUUGAUGUAUAUUCACCUAUAUGCAUAUACAUAUAUUGUAUCCAUGGGACUAUCACUCUAAUCAAGGUAAUGAAAAUAUUCAUCACUCCCCAGAUUUCCUCUUUCCCAUUUGUAAUCCUUUUCUUUCCCUACAUCCCCAGUAUCCGGGCAAAAAUAGAUCUGCUUUUUGACAGUUUAGAUUAGUUUGUAUUUUCUGAAACUUUAAAUGCAUGGAAUCAUGUAGUGUGUUCUCUUUGGGGUCAGGAGUGCUGAGUUGUUUCAUUCAGCACAGUUACUUUGAGAAGUAGUUCAUGAAUAGUAUUCCAUUGUGUUAUAUGCCAGAAUUUAUUUAUUAAUUCAUCUGUAGAUGUGCUUUUGGGUUGUUUGAGUUUUUAGUGAUUACAAAUAAAGCAUUUACGAAUAUUCAUACACUUCUGCGAACGUGUGCUUUCGUUUUUCUUGGUUAAAUAUCUAGGAAUGGAUUGGCUGGAUCCUAUCAUAGGUAUAUGCUACUAACUUUUCAAAAAAUUGUUUUCCAAAAUCAGUUUUUGUUUUGGCACAUUCCCACCAGCAGUGUAUUAGAGUGUCAGCUGCUCCGCUCCUAGAUCAUCACUUGGUAUGGUCAGUCUUUAGAAUUUCUAGCAUUCUGGUGAGCAUGUAGUGGUUUUGAUUUGCCCUUCCUGGAUAACUAGUGAUGUUGAGUAUGUUUUCAUGAGCUUGAUUGUUUUGCAAUUCUCAUUACAUCUUUGAUGAAGUUUCUGUUCAAAACUUUUGUCCAUGUUUUAGAAAUUUGUUUUGUUGUAAGAGUUCUUUAUAUAUUCUAGAUUGCAAAUAAGUAAUUUAUUGGUCUCAUAUUAUGCAAAAUAUUUUUCCCAGUCUUUGGUUUGCUUUUUUGUUAGGUGUCUGGAUUUUUUUUUUAUUAUUAUUUGACUCUUCUCCAGUUCAGCUAUCUACUAAGUUUCAAAAUUUUAACAAUCAGAAUAUGAAAUCAGAUUUUGAAAAAUUAUCCUCUUACCUUAUACUCUGUAUUUUAAUUAUACUCAUGCUACCCCCCCUGGUUCUGUACCCUGUUACAACCCAGUUUUUUCAGGCAUUACUUUCUUUGUUGCAUUUGAUACUUUAUUGGAUUAGUUUUUCUUCUCAGUAUUUUGUAAUUAUUGGUUCUCUGCACCUCCUCUUUGUAUUUAGACAUCCCUGUCAUAGCAUUCAGGGAUGAGGCAUAGGUAGCCAAGAGCUGGUCAGGUAUGGAGAUUCUCUAUGGAGAGAUUUAGAUUUUUACCAACCCAUCCAGGACCUUGCCCAGUUUUUAUCCCAAACCCAAUGUUCCCUUCUUCAUAGCAUGUACAAAAAUUAACACACAGUGGAUCAAAGAACCAAACUUAAAGAGCUAAAACUAAAAAUUCUUAGAAGAAAAUAUAAUUACAAGUCUUCAUGACUUUGGAUUAGGCAGUGGUGUUUUCGAUAUGAUACCAAAAGUCAAGCAACCAAGGGGAAAAAUAGAUAAGCUGGACUUCCUUGAGAUUAAGAACUUCUCUGCUUUAAAGGACACUGUCGGCGCCCAGCGCGGCAUGGCGUCCGAGCAAGGCGGGCAUUAGCUGGCGGCCAGUGCUGGGUCCUGGGCUGGGGCCGAGAGCCAGGGCAGGCAGGGCCACUUUCUGCAGCUCGCUGGCCGCGACGACGGCGCAGGCGCCAGCGAGGCCCGUGGGGAGUGGCGGCGCAGCCAGGCGGGUGAGACCGUCGCCCGGGCCCUGGCCCGCGCUCUACCGGAGCGAUGCUUUUCGCGCUCGUGGAGCUGGUGCAGUUGCUGGGCUUCGCUCCCUUCGAGGUCUUCGUGCAACUGAUGGCCCUUUCGGUGUUCUCCGUGCUGCUGGCCCUGCGUGUGGACGGCCUGGCUCCCGGCCUCUCCUGGUGGAACGUGUUCGUGCCCUUCUUCGCCGCUGACCGGCUCAGCACCAACUUCACUAUUGUCGUUUCCGUGCGCCUCUUCCAGGACGGAGAGAAGCGGCUGGCCGUGCUCCACCUUUUCUGGGUCCUCACGGUUCUUAGCCUGAAGUUCGUCUUCGAGAUGUUGUUGUGCCAGAAGCUGGUGGAGCAGACUCGGGAGCUCUGGUUCGGCCUGAUCACGUCUCCGGUCUUCAUUCUCCUGCAGCUGCUCAUGAUCCCUGCCUGCCGGUCAAGUAGGCUCGCAGAAGAAAAGCUAGAAUGCGGGACCCCACGCUGAGGUCCCACUUCCGCUGCACCAGAGGAGGAGCCUUGGUCUGAAAGCCACUUUGUGCCCUGCUGAGUGCCCAGCUUCCUCUCUAAAAGUCAUGUCUGAAAUUGUUCCCUCAGCAGGGCUGAAAAGAGCAGGCUUGAUUCUUAAAACAUAUUCCCUCUUAUUUCAUGCUUUGAAUAGCUAAUCUUGAACUGAGAUCCUGAGAAGGCCAGACAGUCCUGAACUCCUCUGACAGUUGGAAACUGCAUGCAAGUAAAAUGUUCUGAUGGGUUCUGAGUAUUUUCAUGGAUCCUGGGAAAGUACCCACUGUGCAAAGGCUGCAAAGCUGGACUCGGGAUUUCCGCAGGCCAACAGUGCUGACCUGAGAGCUUACUGUCCCAUCCUGCCAGACAAGACUUCCUUAGAUGCUUGAGCUCUAAAAAGUGUAACCAGGCAGACAGGAGUAUGUUGAAUAAGCAUGAUCAGGACCCUAUCUGGGUAUCUGUCGCCUGAGAAAAGAACUUGCUUUCAAGGCACUGCUUGGUUUCCUAUCCCAGCAGAUUUCAGUGUCACAACUUUUCCACCACCUCGUGGCCAGCACUGUUAGCGCACCUGAGACCUUUAGGCCACCCUAAGGGACUAGAGAGAGGAAUAGGUGCUCUGAUGCGCAUAGCCGUUGAGACCUACACAUGGGAAGUUUGCAGGUGGUCUCAGCCCACACCUGUCGGCCUAAGGGCUUUGGUUUGAUGCCAGUCGGGUGCCAAAUGAGAACAUUUGCUGAGAUAAAAAUAAAAUAAGAAUGUUUUGCUGAAAAAAAUAAUAAUAAAGGACACUGUCAUGAAAAUGAAAAGACAACCCACAGAAUGGGAGAAAAUUAUUGAACAUCAUGUAUCUGACAAGAGGCUCGUGCCUAUAGUAUAUAAAGAACUCUUAGAACUUAAUAAAAAGACAACCCAAUUUAAAAAUGGGCCAAGGAUCUGAAUAGACAGUUCUCUAAAGAAGGU